AUGAAUAAAAAAAGACACCAAGGUGAUCCAAAUGGAGAAAAUUCGUCAGAAUCCACAGACGAAAAUCAAAAUAAUGUUGAAUGUCCUCAUAUUCAUAAAUCUGUGGAGUUGCAGAAAGUUAAAAAAUGCCUAACUCGUACUGGAUUCCUAACAGAAUGUGAUGAAUGCAAAAAGUCACCCCCUAAUAUGGAUUUGGUGGAUAUGGAAUUUGACUCUUCUCUAUGGUUAUGUUUGAAAUGUGGAAAUCAAGCAUGUGGCAGGGGACUGAAUCAACAUGCCCUAAAGCAUUUUAAUACCCCUCAUUCAGAUUCUCAUGCAAUGUGUGUCAAUACUACAGUUUGGAGUGUCUGGUGCUAUGGAUGUGAUGAUGAGGUCAACUUAACCUGUAAGAAGAAGUUGCAGGAAGCAGUAGAGAACAUUAGGAAACAGGCUGAGUCAAAUAGAAUCAAACAGCAGCCAAAUAUGCAACAAAUUGCUGAAACUCAGGUAUUAGAUGUUGUUCUUGCACUGCCAGCACCUGAUAAUACAGGAACCACUCCAAAAAUUUUAGUCACCCAAGCUUCAAGCCUUCCAAGAGCUAGAGGCCUAGCUAAUUUGGGCAAUACCUGCUUUUUCAAUUCUGUCAUGCAGUGUCUUGUCCAGACACCUUAUUUAUUAAAGCUACUACAAGAAACGUCAGAAGAUGGCCAAUAUUUUCGAUUGCCUGGUGGUAAGAUGAAACAAGAGGACAACAACUUCAUGGAACUAGGACCCCUAGAUGGAACCCUUGAGAAAUGGAAACCUCUUACGGCUACACUUGCUGACACUCUGAGAGAACUGCAGAGCGGCAGAGCGGAGGUGUAUAAUCCGAGAAUGCUCUUUUCACGACUCACUUCCAAAAUGCCUCAGUUCGGAGGUGGAGAUCAACACGAUUCUCACGAAUUGUUGAGGCAUCUUCUCGAAAGUGUACGGGAAGAAGACCUUAGGAGAUACAAAAUAAUCAUCCUCCAGAAGUUGGGUUUGAGUCCCAAAACUGAUCCAACAACUGUAGAGGGAGAUACAAAAAAAAUUAUCAAGUUUUAUGGACAACAAGCUUCGGAAAUGCUCUUACCAACUGAACAGGUCUUCAGAGGUGUCCUUGUGAGUACUCUGCAAUGUCAAGAUUGUGGGCAUACCUCUCACCUGGAUGAGUUUUUCUUGGAUUUGAGUUUGCCGAUAAGUGAAAAACAACUGCCACCUGUCUUGAGAAGAAAAGCAGAUGAAAUAGAAGAUAACAAACCUUCAAAACACCAAAUGAAGAAAGAAAAAAAAGCGCAGAAGAAGAAGAACAAAAUGUCAAAGAGUCAGAAAAAUGUUUACUUUAAUCAAAUAUCAUUUGCUACCUCUAACUCCAAUAUCAAAUCAGAAAGUGAAUCUGAUGCAGAUGUUGAAGACAAUUUAGAGGACCCGUCAAACAGGACCCACCGCCAGCCGGACGUCCGCAAGGGCGGCACCGAGUCCGGCUACAACUCGGACAAGAUCGACAACAGCAGCCCCGACUCGAACAUCGGCGGCUCCGUGGCCGACAGCGGCGUGCCGAGCCCCGUCGUGACGGCUGACGACGGCGCCUCGAGACCCGACAGCCCGGAGCGCAGUCCCGCCUCCAGCGACACCAACUUGGAGUCGGGCAGCGGUUCGAGCGCAGCGGGCGGGAAUAACAGCGGGAACGAAGAAAUUGAAGGAGAGCUUGAAAGACCAAAAUCAAGACUCGCAUUUGCAAAAAAUAAAAAUAACGACCUAAAAGUAGACCUUGAGAAGCUCAGUUUACUAAAUGAUGGAGAUUCAACUAAGGUUGACAACAUAUUCACUGAUCAAGACAUGCACAUGGAAGGUGCUUGUGGUCCUAUGGAACAGGAAGAUGAAAAGAUGGAAGAGGAUGACUGCCCGGAGGAAGACGAGAGCCUCUGGUCGGGCACCAUCUCCUCCCGAUACCAAUGCGAAGAGGGCGAAUGUUCCGUCCAGUCCUGUCUGAAUCAGUUCACCGAGUGCGAGCUGAUGGCCGGCAACAACAAAGUGAGCUGUGAAUUGUGCACCAGACGCCACGGCGGGCCCGAAAAGAAGACCAUCAACACGGACGCCUCCAAACAAUUGCUCAUCUACAAUCCGCCGGCUGUUUUGAUUUUGCAUUUGAAGCGGUUCCAGGUGCACAGGUUUCGUUCGGCCAAGGUAUCGAAGUUCGUGAAAUUCUCCACCGUUCUGGAUUUGGCGCCGUUUUGCUCAAAACGGUCCCGGAGUCUGCCCACCUUCCAGAUAGGCCAGAACAAGGUGCUCUACUCCCUCUACGGCGUCGUAGAACAUAGCGGAUCGAUUCAUGGGGGCCAUUAUGUAGCCUACGUCAAGGUUCGACCCCCGCUGGAUGAGAACAGCUACAGGUGGCAGUACUUACCUAAGAACCAAAGGGAUAAAAUGGACGAUUCGCCGAAAGGACCGGUAUGGGACCCUGAAGUACCCUCUGGAAAGUGGUACUAUAUUAGUGACUCUCAUGUGGCUGAAGUACAGGAAUCAAAAGUUUUAGCAGCACAAGCCUAUUUACUAUUUUACGAGAGAAUUAUUUAA